AGCUUCGUCUUGUGAAUCUCGUGAGAUAUUUAACGAAUUGACGCAGUUCGAUACCACACCGAGAUGACGUCUCCUUCUCGAAAAUUACUCGAGCAAAAGAGGGAGGAGAUCAUUAUCGAACGACGAUCUUAACCAGUCGUGAACUUCGUCGUAUCUCGAUUUUACUUCUAACUUUUCUCUCUUCUCGAAGAGAUGCGAAGUUUCCGUCGUUCCUUGAGUCAUCUCUUCGUGAUCUCAUGGUGUUUGGAUUUCUUCAUCUUAUACGCCAACAGUCUCCAUGAGGAUGUACGAGGAAAUUCCACGGAAGUCGAGGUCUCUCCGAGAAUGCUAUCGCGACAAAAGAGGUACCUGAUCUUUCCCGAAGGUAGCAACUUGCAGUUAGUAUACUGCCUGACUAUCGGAGCGUAUGGCAGAAACGAUGAUUUGGUGAUGGGUCUGACAGCAGCGUUGGCUUGGGAACUUCCGAGUAAAGUCGACUCCAAGAUAUCGGAUUUACUUCACCGUAGAAGCCGAAGUGUCAUGUUCCCGAAGGUUGAAGCUUUCUUGCAGUCCACUGGUAUCGACGGAAGAUCCUGCGUAAUGAAGGCCCUGUGUGAAGCUGGUCAGAGGCAUCCAUCUCAAAUCGGCAAAGGAACCUUUGUUCAAGAGCUCCUGCACGCCAUUUUUACAUUACCAAGAGACGGCGGGAGAUUCGAAUGUUCGGAGGAUCGACCUUAUGAGAGAGCGUAUCAGAACGGUGGAAACUGCGAGAAACUUUAUCCAACGUGCCGAUACUCCAUUUACAGUGUGGAUCUUUGAGAUCGAAGGAGGCGAGGCGAAAGCUUCGUUCGCGCGAGAAGAACGUAAGAAACGUGUGCGAUGCUCGUAGGAAAAGCUCAUACGAAAACCUCGCGCUCGACCGCUCCUCGAAUCCGAUGGAAAACUUUCUACCAACUAGAGAUGUUACUGAAGUUUUUCUGGCUGCAGUCCAAUCGACUCGUUGAUGGGAAAAGGAUAAUGCUUUGCCUUCCGUCAAAAUCAUUCUGACUUUCAUUGUCGACGAGAUCUUAUGUUGGACCCAAAAGAAAAUAUAUGUACAUGUUUUCCUUCUUAACUCAAUUUUAUUAUAUUUUAUUUGACAUUCACACAUUUAGAUAAUUACUUAUAUUUAAUUGAAUUAAAUCGAACG